AUGGCCACCCACAAGUUGAGCUUCUUCGAGAAGAUUGCUAACACCGCUGGUGCACUCUAUCGUCACCAGGCCCAGCAGUUCCCACGCCGGCUCGCGAUCUUGAAGGCUGUCGGAAAGCACGAACUUGCUCCACCAAGAUCCGCCGAUCUUCCAGCCAUCAAGGCUGAUUGGGCUAAAGUUCAGAAGUUCAUUCAGACCAAGCAGUACACCAAUCUCACUGUCAAGGAAGGACUUGUCUUCACUGCUGUCGCUCUCGAAGUUAUUUUCUGGUUCUUUGUCGGAGAAAUGAUUGGUCGUCGCUACGUUUACGGAUACAUCGUCCCAUCCGACUAUGUAUCGAAGGACACUAAGGCUAAGGUCGCCGAACAGAAAAGAAUCGCCGCUCUUGAAGCCUAA